AUGUUACUGGAUUUAGCUACCCCAGAUAUGAUUAAGUCUUUUAUAUCUAAAUACGUUUCAAAAUAUUUUACAAAUAUAAAUCCGCUUAAUGUUAAAUACAAUAUAUUUGAGCAAACUGUAGAUUUAUACGAUAUUUCCAUAAAUCCAGAUUUUUUUUAUAAUAUUAGAAGUACUAUAGCACAUUUGCGAUAUAAAUUUUCUCUUAUCCAAGAUAUUGUGCUAAUUAAUAAUUUAUUCAUAGUGGUUGAUAAAAUACCCUGUUUUACUAAAAAUGAAGAUUUUAAUUAUGAUUUAAAAAUAUGUACAGCUACUAUAAUUUAUAAAGAUUUUAAAAUUAAGAUUUUAGAAGUUAAGGAUGGAGAAAUUAAAGGAUUAGAAAUAAUUUACAAAAAAGUAAAAAUUCUUACAUCACCGAGGUUUAUUAAAAGCAUUAAUGGAUAUAUUUUUAGUGAAGCUUGUAUAAAUAUCAAAGAAAUUUACAAUGCUUUUUUAGAUUUUUCAAAUAGUAAAACAUUAGAACCAAAAAAAUUGAAAAUUUUGGUUGAAAAAGUAACAAUAAAUAAUUUACAUGCUAAUCUUAGAGAAAUUACGAUUAGUAACAGUAAUAAAUCGGUAUGUAACAUAAAGAAGAUUAAGAUUCUUGGAAUGAAAUUUUAUAACACUGAUAUCAAAUUUGAAAAAAGUAUAGAAGUUAAAAAUGAUAUAUUUUGCAUUAGAACUGAUAGCCAACAUUUAAAUAUUUUAAUAAAAAAAAACAUUUUACAGAUAGAAUCACAAAAAAGGUAUAAUUUUGAGUUAAAAAGUAUAAGUAAUAUUUUGCAAGAUUUACCACAAAUGACUGUUAAUAUUUUGUUUCUAAACGAAAAAAUCUCUUUUUUAUUGGAUAAAAAUAUUUAUAAAUUUAAAUAUAAUAAUUUUUUAGAAAUAGAAAGCAUUUGUAUACAAAAAGAGAUUAUUAUUAAUACUGUAAAAUUUAAUGAAGAGCCUAAUUAUAAGACAGAUAACAAAUUAGAAGUUUUUAUUGAUUUUUUAUUAGAGUUUAUAAAUUUUAAUAUUGUUAUUUUAAAUAUUUUUCAUAAAGAUUUAUUUAUUCAUCGAUUAGUUUAUCUCUGCAACGAAAAUUUAAACGAAGAAUGUUUUUUAAUAAAUUUUACAAGUACUUUUAGUAAUAAUGAUAUAAAAUAUCUUGAAAUUUGUUGUAUAAAUAGAACAUUUAAGGUAAAAGUUAAUAAUUUUAUUAUAGGUGAUAUAGAAUCUCUUAUAAAGUAUUAUCAAAAUAAGGAAAAUCCUUUUAAUUUUGAUAUUUCUGUAGAGAAUUUGCAAGUUCAUCACAAGGAUAUAACACUCUACAUAAAGGAAGCACAUCUUGAUCCUCUAGAAAUAUCAUUAAUAUUUGAUUUAAUGUUUAAUAAUAAUUUUAUUGUCGAGGACUGUAGUGUUAAAUAUACUAAUAACAAUAUAAGUGUAGAAGAUUUAUUUAUUAAUAUCAGCGAUAAUAUAAUGCAUACUGUAUCGAAUAUUAAUCCUUUUGAUUUUUUUAAAAAAGAUGAUAUUAAAUCUUUUAAAUCCACUUUAGAUUUACACAUUGAUGAUUUGAUUAUUAAUGUGUUUAAUAUUUCUAAUAGGGAAGUAAUGCUUAUAUUUUUAUCGGAUAUCGAUUUACUUUAUUCAGAAGAUAUUUUUAAAUUAAAUAUAAAAUAUGCACAAAUUGACAACCAAGAGUAUUUUACUAAGCAUCCUAUAAUUUUUAAAAGUGUAGGAGAUAAUUUUAUAAAUUUAAUUAAAGCUAAUGAUGAAAUAUAUAUCGAUGUUGGCAAUUUUCAUCUAGUAUAUAACGAAUUUUUAGAUAAAGUUGCUAUUUUUAAAAACUUUUAUAAAACAAAUAAUAAUGUUUUAAUUUAUUAUAACUUUAAAAGUUUUGUGAUUAAUUCUAUCGAAUGUACAAUUUUAUACAAAUACUACGUCAAUGUUAAAUUAGAGCUUUUUGAGAUUAAGUUUUUUACAGGUACACUGAUAUCUUUACAUGAGAAUAUUUACAAGUUUUAUAAAAGUAAAUUAACAAAGAAGUUUAUUGGAUUAAUUUUUAAAAAUAUUAAAAAUAAUUUAUACACAAAGUAUGUAAAUUUGGGUUAUAAAGAAGAUAAAAAUUUGCCUGUACCAUGGUAUAGUGGCCAACAUUCUGAUUAUAGAUUAAAAUAUCCGAUGCCUAUGAGAUUGUAUAUUGAAAAAUAUAAUUACGGGCUUAGUGCCUCAUUUUAUAUUUUUAAUAAAAUGGAUGACAAAUAUACAGAUGAGGUAUUUACAGAUGGAACAUAUGCAAAUAUUUUUUACAAAAAUAAACUUCAUGAAUUAUCUUUUGGAAAUAAUUGUCUUAUUUUGACAAAUAAAAGAUUAUUAAUGAGCAGUAAACUAAAUACAAAAUCUAUAUGUAUCGAUGAUAUUUCAGUCAAAGAAUAUUGUAAUUAUUUUAUGAUUGGAGAUAUAAAAAUAGUGGUAGAAAAUACUACAUUUAUUAGUUCACUUUGUAAAUUCUUAUUAUAA